AUGAGAUCUUGGUCAGAUUUCCUGUCUAAUCUCUACACCCUAACCAUCUUCUCCCUCUAUUUGCUAUUCGAAGCAGCCCAGUUGAUCCAAUCGGCUGCAGUAAGAUCCUGGUGGUUCAAAAAGUGCACAGUCUCGACAACUCAGUAUCUAGCUUUGGUCGAAGAAAAGCACCCAGUAAUUCGCUACAAGAGCACCGAAAUGAGGCCGGAGUUGAACGAGUGUGCUGUCUGUCUGACCCAGUUCGAGGAAGGGGAAGAGGUGAGGGAGCUCGAAUGCAAGCACGAAUUCCACAAGGAGUGCUUGGACAAAUGGCUUCAGCACAGGCAUGGCACAUGUCCUCUGUGCCGGCGUUCCGUGUUGCCGGAGCAGAUUGUGUUUGAGCAAUGCCAAUUUCAGAGCGAGCAAGCGUACGACGGCCUCCAAGAUGAUCUGAUUUUCUUCUUCCCUGCCCAACAUGAUGCUUCCUUUUGA